AAUGGAAGAUCUCCCAACAAAAAGAGAACAGGAUAUCUUUGAACAAGAAAAGAUAAUUGAGCAGUCCGUUUAUGAAACUUCCUGAAAAAUAGUAGGAAAAGUCCUCAACUCAAAUGCGAAGAAUUGUCGACUAUAUGGCCAGAUAGUCCCAGGAGAAUCUUCUUACUUUUUGGUAAAGAAGAUGAAGCCAAUUGGCUUAAGAGUUGCAAAUUUGGUGAGUGUAUCACAGAGCCGAAAUUGGAAGGGAUUUCGAAAAAUGUUGAGGUUUAAAUUUAUUAAGCAAUUCUUGUGUUUUACCGUUAAACCAAAAAGCGAGAAUAAACACAAAUAUGCCUUCUAUCAUAAAUUUGUAAUACAAAUGAUACCCAGGGUAACUGUAAGAUUAAAAUUGAUGAAUUGCCAAAUUAGUAGUCAACAAUUCAAGAAAAUAAUUUAUGCUGGAAGAAGUUUGAAAUAAAAUGGAAUUUUGGAGAUGAAAAAUGGAUUUAAAACUUCUAAAAUUGACAGAAAAUGCGUAUUAUAGUAUCGAAUAUGUAAGAUUUUAUAUGGAACACUAUGACUCAUCAGAUUAUGAAAAUGAAUUACAAGAUUGUAUUGAGCCCUUUCUCAGAGCUGCCUCUUUGACCAACUUGAGAAAAUCUUUAGAAAAAGUCCAAUUGCCCACUCCUCUUAAACUCAACGAAAGAAUCAAAGAGAUCAUCACAACUUUACAAUUUGAAAAUCUGAGGAUCUAA